CCUCUGCCCCUUUGCCGACGGCGGGGUUGCUCCGAGCAAGAAGGGAAUCUCUGCCUGGCCUCCCCCGGUUCCCUCGGAGUCUGAAUGGGUCGCCGGCCGAGCACUUGGGCGACACUUCUCUCUCUCUCCCCCACACACACAUUCAAGUAGUCUACGGGUCGGGAGAAUCUCAUUUCAAGUUUUUGCUUCAACACAAAGCUUGAAGAAGCAGACAUUGGGAUGCUGAUGAGAUCAAGACAGUGACCCAGUGAGUUUUUCUAUUUCCUGUUCCCGAGCCGUAUUACCAGAUUGCUGUGGAAAUGAAUGGAGAACAGCAACGUGAGACAGAUGCAGGGUCUGUUGUAGAAGAAGCAGAGUUCAGUUGGGAUGACUAUUUGGAAGAUACAGGAGCAACAGCAGCACCUCACAGCUCAUUUAGACAUGUGGAUACCAGCCCACAAAAUGGCUUCACACCAGGCAUGAAAUUGGAGGUUGCUAUCAAACCUGGCCCUGACACUUACUGGAUUGCCACAAUCAUUACCACUUGUGGGCAGUUACUACUUUUGCGCUAUGAUGGUUAUGGAGAAGAUCGCAAGGCUGAUUUCUGGUGUGAUAUCAUGACAGCUGAUUUGCAUCCACUUGGCUGGUGUGAGCAGAACAAGAAGACCCUCAAAGUGCCUGAAGGCAUUAAGGAUAAAAUUCCCAAUCAAAUAGAAUUCCUUCAGCAAAUUCUGAAAGGAGCAUGUAGUCCUCCUGCUGGUCUUCUAGAAGGGCUCCAUCGAGGAAAAAAUUCUUUGGAUCUUAUUGCACCAGGGUCACGACUUGAAUGUCAGCACAUAAAUAGCUGUCUAGGAGCUUGGAUAGUCACUGUUCUGGAAAACAUUGGUGGAAGACUCAGGCUGCGCUAUGAAGGACUUGGAGAUGUAGAACAAUAUGACUUAUGGAUGUUCUAUUUAGAUCCCUUUCUCCAUCCAAUGGGUUGGGUAUCUCAGCAAGGAUACAUUCUUGAACCUCCUUUAGCUAUUAGGCAUUUGAAGACUGAAAUAGAAUGGCAAGAAACACUAGCAAAAGUAAAAGAAGAGGAAGAAGAAUCAUUAGUGCCCACUGAUCUGUUCAAGGACAAACCUGUUGUUGGAACUCAUGCAUUUUCUGUAAAUAUGAAGUUGGAAGCUAUUAAUCCAAAAGCUCCUUUUGCCAUAUCACCUGCUACAGUUACAAAGGUAUUUGAUGAUAAAUAUUUCUUGGUAGAAAUAGAUGAUUUGAGACCAGAUUGUACCACAAGACAGCCUUUUAUUUGUCAUGUCAAUAGUGCUGGACUUUUCCCUGUGCAGUGGAGUCUGAAAAAUGGCUUACAUCUCAACCCUCCACCUGGUUAUCCAGGUCAAGACUUUGACUGGGCAGAUUAUCUCAAGCAAUGCGGAGCUGAGGCUGCUCCCCAAAGCUGCUUUCCUCUGUUUAAUUCUGAGCAUGGUUUUAAGGAGAACAUGAAACUUGAGGCUGUGAAUUCAGAAAACCCAGAAGAAAUCUGUGUGGCUACUAUUACAAAGGUGAAGGAUUCCUAUCUCUGGCUACAGCUGGAAAGUUCUAAAAUCCCAGUCCCUGAAUUCAUAGUGAGUGUGGAAUCUAUGAAUAUAUUUCCAGUUGGUUGGUGUGAAACUAAUGGAUACCAGCUUAGACCUCCUCGCAGAGUAGUAGUGAAUAAGGAAAAGAAAAUUGCAGUUGUUCAACCAGAGAAACAGAUAUUAUCUUCAAGGACUGUCAGUGAAGGAUUAAAGACCCAGGAACUGAACUCAGCGGACACUAUUGUAACAAAUGGUAAAUACUGUUGCCCAAAGAUCUACUUUAACCACCGAUGCUUCUCAGGACCUUAUCUUAACAAAGGGAGAAUUGCAGAACUCCCACAGUCUGUAGGACCUGGGAAUUGCGUCCUUGUUCUUAAAGAGGUUCUUUCUUUGUUGAUCAACGCUGCUUACAAACCUAGUCGUGUUCUUAGAGAAAUACAACUAGAUGAAGAAGCUUCGUGGCAUGGAUAUGGGGAGAUUUUGAAAGCAAAAUAUAAAGGAAAGAGCUACCGAGCUACAGUGGAGGUGGUAAGAACAGCUGAUCGAGUUGCAGACUUCUGCAGGCAGACCUGCAUCAAACUGGAAUGUUGUCCAAAUCUUUUUGGCCCCCAAAUGGUGCUAGACAAAUGUUCUGAGAACUGCUCUGUUCUAACAAAAACCAAAUACACCCAUUAUUAUGGAAAGCGGAGAAACAAAAGGAUUGGCCGACCACCUAGUAUCCACAGCAACAUUGAGGCAAGCAUGAAAAAAGCAAACAGGAAAAGAAAAAAACGGAAAAACUUCUUUGUUCAUAAGAAGAAGCGAUCUUCUACCUCUGUAGAUAACACACCAGUGGGAUCACCCCAAGGAAGUGGCGAUGAGGAUGAUCAGGAUGAGAUAGACGAGGAGUCUCUUACUGAAGACAGUACCUCUGAGCACCAGGAGGAACUGUCUGAAGUAUCAGAGAAGAAAUCACAGUCAUCUUCCCCAACACAGAGUGAGCAGUCUCAUUUUGGGGCUCCAGACCGGGACAAACGGAAAAGAAAACUACGAACUUUUUCUUUCUCAGAUGAUGAAAAUAGGCCACCUUCACCAAAGGAAAUAAAGAUAGAAGUUGAUGAAAAAUUACAGCUGGACAGCAAUCCUCUGGAAUGGAGUGUAGCAGAUGUCGUGCGGUUCCUUAAAUCUACAGAUUGUGCGCCAUUAGCUAGAAUAUUUCUGGAUCAGGAAAUAGAUGGGCAGGCACUUCUCUUGCUCACUCUUCCCACGGUUCAGGAGUGUAUGGACUUGAAGCUUGGCCCAGCCAUUAAACUUUGCCAUCACAUUGAAAGGGUUAAAUUUGCCUUCUACCAGCAGUUUGCCAACUAAAACAGGAGGAAGAAGAUAAGCUGAACCUGAAACUUUGAAGCACAAGUGCAGUAACCUGCUUUUCCUUCAGCAGGAAGAACCAAGAAGGGUUAGAUGGAAACUGCUUAUGAACUGGCUUUACAGUUUUGCACUUUGAGUGGGGAAAAUACUUGGAGCAAAAUAUUAAUGCAAUCCUAACUAUCUUUGCAGCUGUCUUUUGGCUUAAAAAAGUAGUUCUUACUCAUUCUGUACAUCAGGGCUUUUUUAUGAAUAAAAGAUGAUUUAAAUAUCUUUUGCGAGGAGAAAACAAAUCCUCCAAUUGUGGUAUGGACAGAAAGAAUUUACAGCAUGUGGAAAGGAAUGCAGAAGAUGAGCAUUUCUUUGCUGCUUGCUGAAUGACCGUCCUCUUUUUUAUUUUUAUUUUUUUUAGUCUUGAAGAUAAUUUAAAUGAGUAGACUAGCUGUUUGCCAAGAUACAUGGUGUGGCCAAAAGGUUAAAAGUGAAAUUGCAGCUUCUUUCUGCUUUAUUUUAGAGCCUGCUCUCUACCUCUAAAACCAAAAAAGGCUACAAGGCAAGUAAAAGAAUGAUACAGCUACUGACUUUUCUGUAGUUAAAUUAUGGAUGCCCCUCUUUUUCUACUGUCCUGACAGAAUCGUAGCCUUUAGCAGCUACAGGAUAGUCACAGACUGAAGAAGUAGCAUUCUUUAUUAUGGAGAAAUAUUGAUAAAUGAAGAUUGUGCCUGUCAUGUUGCAGAUAAAAGUAGAGAGGGAAAACUUAGAAAUUGUGGAUAUUGAUACGUGCUAUGGGUAAGCUAAAGUUGCACAGAAAUAUUGCCACACACCAGAAAUAUUUUUUAGGAAAUAUGUAGCUAUUUAGGGAAAAUUACAUAGUCUUCCCUUCCUAUUUGCUUAAAACUGAAUUUGUAUCCUUAGCAGAAGAAUGAAUUGAGCUCCUUCCAGAUCUCAAAUAAGUAAAUUUGUCAAUUGUUACAGUUUUGUAAAUGCACCCAUAGAACUUGAUUUUCUUAAAGUAUAUACAGAAGAAAAAUGGUGGCAUAGUUUGCAUGCCAUACAAACACAUUAGGAGAUGCAGUUUAGUUUGCUUAACGUAUGGAGAACUCAACUGAGUUCAUCAGCUUAAUAUGCUGAUCUAAUACAAAGAGCUACUACCCACAACUGCAAGAACAAGCUGAUGCUUUAACAUGUUUUGAAUGGAAAACUAGGUUUUAUGGAAGCUAGAAGAACCAGAGCAGUUUCUGCAUUUCUACCUAUUACAUACAUAAAUUGUGGCUUCAGCCAUUCAGUAUUUAUUAUUCACAAGUUAGAUCAAAGCAUUGGUGACUUGGAGAGUCAUGUUGCAGGGCAUAUUGAAUAAUUUUAGGAAGAGAGUGAAAGAAAUUUCUUCACAACUUAUUUAGCUAUAUGGAAUUCUAAAGUAGACAGAAUGACUUCAUGCUUCAGGUUUCAGUCAAAGUAGGUUUAAUACAUGAAAUGAUAUGUAACUGAACAUAUGGGCCAAGUUUGCAAUUAGAUUUGUAUAUUGAAAUUAGUGCUAUUCAGAUGCUCCAUUAUUUAUAAGAACAUGCAUGUGUGUGAAAGUAUAAAUGCCUGUUUGGCAUCAGAAAGAAUAUUGGGGGUUUUUGUAAAAAAAUAAAUGAAUAUCAGGCUCAGUGUAAUUCUUGCUUUAUUUAAUUAGCUCCAAUUGGAAUACCUUCAUGUGUUCAAAUUUGUAUGUCUAAGAUUUUCAGGGUUUUUCAAGUAAAGCUUUCAUAUGCCAUAUAUUGCUGAGAGUAAAAUUUUCAAUGCCAGGUUAUAUUUAUAGGCUGACAUUCCUGUCUUGUUCUAUCAUUUUGGUCUUAGUAUAACCAUUAAGGAUUUUCCAAAAAAAAUGCUUUUCAUUACUUGUUACUUUGAAUGAGUCAUUUCUAUGCAACGCGUGAGAAACGGAUAAAUUUCAUUUCUUCAGGCCAAUUCAAGCAUGUCUUGUGGAUUAACAGGUUUAACACAAUCUGUAAAAUAUUCCAUAUAUAGUUCUGAAAUAUUACCUGAGUUUUGUAAAAUGUAAUUUAUAAAUCAUUCAUCUCUUUCCUGUUGUUGCCCUGAUAAGUCAGCUAGACUUACCUGCUUUGCUACUGAUAUGACAUUCAAAGCCUGUUGGAAUAUUAAAUUUGAUUAAGGAAACUCUCAAGUUAGAUAACAUUGCAUAUUUUUACAAGGCCAGUGACAUUCUAGCUAGGAAAAAUUAUGUUGGUUUCAAGGCCUGCAUUAAUAUUUACCUAAAGCAGAGAGAGUGGAAAGGUAAAGAUACUUUUCAGAUCUGGUGCUAAUUGCUAUAGAAAAAGCAUAUUAAAAAUUAUUAGAAACUGGCAGCAAACUGGAUUUUCUCAUGAUUUGUGUCUUGAGGAAACACUUUAAAAUUUUGGAAGAUAGAAAAAAAACCCAACAUUUAGCCUACUCUGAAAACACAAGCUACUUUUUUGAAGUUGACUAAUGUGCAUACUAUUCUUUCUGUAAUUUUACUCUGUGUAGUUGCCAUUUUUGAUUCUAAAGAUUUGGGAAAAAGAUGCAAUCCAAUAUUUCAUAUAGUUACUGAAUUGAGCACACAAUUUUCCAAGGUCAGAGAUUUUUUUUAUUUUUUUAUUACUGGCCAAACUUUUAUCAGUUAAGAGGAGUUGAAUAAAAAGUUUUUGCAAAAGAUGUUUGCCAAAAUGUAAAGUCUAAAGUCAGGAUAUCAGCCAUUUUGUUUCUUUCUGUAAAUAACACUGUAUGAGUUCACUCAAGAUGUACUGCCAAAUGUUUUAGCAGAUAUAAAAUUCAACAUUUUAAAUGAAGGUCUUUAAAAGCCAUUUUUGGCUUUGUCUAAGAUAGUUGUCUGCUGUGAAAAUUUUUAGAAUACCCAAUAGUUGCUAAGCACAAAGAAACUGACAUUUCCUGGAAACCUCACUGGUGUAAGUUUCACUAUAUUCCAGGUGCUUAUGUUGGUGUUAGUUUCCCCAAAAUAUCCAUAAAUGACCUUUAUAUUUGAAAGCAGCCUUAAGGGUAAGGGAUCAGAAUGGAUUGUGAAAGGACAAAACUAGUUUUAAAACUAUGUUAUAUCUAUAAUUCAGUAGUAUUUGUUGCAUGUGCAGCAAUCUAACUCCCCCUUCCCUUGACUUGGAUUUAUAACAAAUGGAUUGUAUACUGAAGGCCAUGAAUGUGAAUUCUUUUUUUAUAUCAUGUUUCAAAAUUAUUAGCACUGGAGAAGCACCAGCACAGUGUUUACUCCUCAUGCUUGCUAGAAAUAGGUUGUAUUAUUUAUAUUAUUUUAAGCAAUUCUUUUAAAAAACCUGUAAAAACCAAAUUCCAUGCAGGAGAGAACUUGUUUCCUUCAAUUAAUAAAUUCAAAGUUCCACUGUUGUCCUGUGCAAGGCUAGAAUCUGGAACCCCUAUACAUCUCGAACGUCACACAAAUAGGUUUAAGAUAAGAUUUGGGGGGGAUGAAAAAUGUAUCCUUUUGUUUGCCCUAUGGAACCUUGUAUACCUUAGAAUUACUGAAGGUUUGUAUUCAUCAGCUUCUCCGGCUGCUAUUGUUUCAUUUUCACCCAUUGUGCGCACAUAUUCUCUCCUGUUCUGAUUGUUUCCUUAAUGUUCAUAGACAAUCAAAACCUCUUAAAAGAGCCUCUAAGGCAGGUACUGCCAGCAUAUUUCUUAGUUGUAAUAGCUCAUUGGACAUGCACUUUCCUGCUUUGCUCUAAAAAGAUUAAAGAUGUAUAUUGUGUUGUCUUUUCUGCUUGCUGUAUUUUUACUUUAAUUAAUAUAUAUGUGUGUGCGUGUGUGUGAACUGAGGGUAAAAAUUUGAAAGUAGAAGAUAUGCACAUAAAAUGUCUACUGAAGCACCUUCUUUGUUGCCUAGGUGCAUCAGGUAAAGGUUUUAAAAUAUUUUAGAUUAUUUGACUUGUUCUGUAAAUGAAUGUAUAUAAUUUUGUGGUACUUCAUGACCGUUUUAAGUGGUUGUAAGAAAAUUAAAAAUACUUAAAUUGG